AUGGGCUGUUGCCGUGUAUGUCUCAUUUUGCUCCUGGUCAUUCCGGCGGUGUUUUUUGGCUGCUUAUGUCUUCCUGGAGCAGAGCGUGCUUACAUCCGCGCAGUGGACACCUACGUGGUCCCUGUUCCGAUAGCCAGACAUUUUUUGCAGAUCGCGGGCCAAGCCAGACACAUCUGGAAAGUCGGAGGUGGAAUUGCCGUUGGUCCCGUAUGGAAUCCAUUGCUGGCAUAUGCUGUUGAUGCCCACAAAACUGGAGUUGGUCUAUUUCCCAGCACUACUGCGCCUGCGACCAGCUACAUGGUUUCGCGCCUCAGCCAUGCCUCUGCGAGAGCGGUGCACUACAAUCCGAAGCUGAAAAGGGACAGCAGCGUGUUCGUGACAGUUGACACUUCGAAGGUUCCAGAAGGCUAUUUCCUCCCUGGAGUUCUCCCAACUCUACUCCAGCUGAACACAGAUUCUGAUAGCCGCUACGCGCACAGAGACCUCCUAUCUGCCGUGAUGCCAGCACUGGCCGAAAACCCGGACGUGGUCCCGGACUUCAAGCCAGCUCCUGGAAUUUCUGCGAAUGAUCUGAUACAAGAAGUCUCAACGCACCUCAUCUUUCCGUUUCCCAAAAUGGUUCCCAGCAAGGUGCAGGAUGUGUUCGCAUUCAACUUCUUCAGGCAUACCUUCGAGGUCGACCUUACCAGUGACGAGAUUCACACGCUGAAAGAGUGGCUUCGUGUGCACUUCCGGACAAUCUUCGGCAUGGGCUCGGCAGCAGGUGGUGCCCAGUGUGCACAGCUCGCCAAGGUCUUGGAAGAGAAGAUGGCCAGUGGCAAGAUCGGCCAGCAGCUCAUGGAGGAAGCUGAGAGGAGAGGCAUGAAUGGGCGCGAGCGCUUGCGCAAGACACUGUUCGAGCUGUCCUUUGCCGGCUUCGGCGGAGACGGACCUGGAGGUGCCCUGGCGACCUUCAAGCUCCUCAGGCUUCUGCAAAGAGCACCGGAAACCAACAUUCCACUCUUCAAGCGUAAUCCGGGCGCUUUCGUCUUGGAGGUGCUCAGAACACAGGGGGGUGGUGGAGCAGGUGUGAAUCCCUGGAUAACAGAAGAAACCACGACGCACACCCUCGGCACCGGCUUCACUGUCGAGGAAAAAGCAGGAACUUAUGGUUCUACGAUCGCGCUGAUGGCCAAUCAUGAUCCUGCUGUCUUCGGUGGGCCUCAUGCACAGGAAGAGUUCGCAUCUGCAUUCAUUCCUGGCAGAGAGAAUGCCGACCGCUUGCUGACCUUUGUGGCAGAGCUGCGAGACAUUCGACAAUGUCCCAAUGUCACAGGAUGCGUACAGGCACCCCGCUUUUGCUUGGGCGCAUUCCUCGUGCAGCGCUUGAUGAUCCAAAUUGGGUUGGUGGGUGUGUAUCCGCACAGAAACAGAUUUGACUUUGACUACAUGGUCAAGCGGGCGAUCAUCGAUUUGGAGCGUGACAACUCCAGCCAUCAAGGCAGAGCUGUUAACAACUCUGAUGAUCAGGACAUGCUCAUCGCAUCUCCAUUGACUCCUCCAGAGCUCCAGACACCGCCAGAGUCCCUGGAUAGUGACACAGAGAUGCUCCCGGAAGAUGAUGUGCUUUUGUUGAUGAGCUCGCCCAUAUGGAUAACCCCAGACGACGAUGACAUUCUGACAGAUGCAUUGGAUGCGAAGAAGAUGCAAGACCUGCCGUCCUCCACUGCAUCCACAGCGCCACCUUCUCCAACUUGCAGCAUGCCUUGCACAUCUGCAGCGGUGUCCCCACCGAACCGAGAUUUUCUGUGGCAGCUGGAAAGGGAGAAGGAGCUGUCUGCACUUUCACGCGAUGAGCUCCGUCAAGAGCUUGGACUUGACGGCACAGAUGUCGCAGAGAACUGGAGCCGGCACGACCUGCUGAUAACUUUGGUGGAGAUGGAGAAGGUCAUUCCGGACAUGUCUCGCCUGGCGAUCUGA